AUGCGACCCUCUCCCCAGCGUAUCUCUCUCCAUCAUGCCGCACGCCACAUCUCUAGCAUCGUGGCGCUGUCCCGUAGGCCGUCCAGGAGCUUCCACCACACGACGCCCGUCUACAUGCCUCGCAAGCGCAGCUUCUUCACCUCGAACCCCUACCUCUCCCAAGACGGCCAAGAGCACAGACCCUCGACACCGUCGUGUCCUCCUCCGUCCUCGUCUACCUCCGCCAACACCUCUUCCCCGAGUAAGCGCAAGCCCGCCCGAACCGCAACCACCAAAAACUCCCUCCGCCGCGUCGCCAUCAUCGCCCAGCAACCCAAGCGCAGCCCCGGCAGCUCCCCUAGCCAACCUCCCGCUGCUCCCUCUUCCGCCUCUGCCACCGACUCGCCCGACCCCUCCGCCGUCGUGAGCGCCGUCUGCCUCGCCGAGGGCUUCCACAUGCCCACCGUCGUCGACAUCCUCUCCGCGCACGGCUUCGCGACCGACCCCGACGGCACCGGUUUCGACCCCAGCGAGGUCGUGCACGCGCGGGGCGUCAACGGCGGCGACAUCUUCGUCUUCCCCUCGGGCACGCUCGUGACGUGGGCCAUCCCUCCCUCCGUCGUCACGCGCCAGCUGCUCCGCGCCGCCGAGGACCUGCACCCGCCGUCGUUGCGCGAGGCCGAGGACCUCGACUUCGCCUACGACACCACGCGCGAUACGAGCGCGCUACGCGGCGACCUCAUCGUCCUCGGCACACCGUCGCGCCACGGCGACCGCCUCGACACUACGCUCGCUCAGAUUGCCUUUUCGUCCGGCCUGGCCCGCAGCACCAAGCUCGCCGUGCUCGAGACGGCGCUGACGUCGUACUUUGAGAGCACGCGCUCCAUCCCCGCGCUGCUCUCCCGCGGCGCCGGCGUGCCUCUCGGCCGCCGCUUCAUUCUGCAAAAGACGGGCGAGCUCCUCAGCCUCCGCGCGCGCCUCAACCACUACUCGGAGCUUACCGACGCGCUGCCAGACAUCUUCUGGGACAGCCGCUCCGAGCUCGGCCUCGAGGGCUAUUACGAGCAGGUCGGCCGCGCCCUCGAUGUCAACGUCCGCAUUCGCGCGCUGAACCAAAAGAUGGACUACGCGCAGGAAAUUGCGACGGUGCUGAGAGAAAUCUCGAGCGAGCAGCACGGCACGAGGCUGGAGUGGAUCAUCAUCGCGCUGAUUGCGGUCGAAGUGAUUUUCGAGGUGCGGCGCAUCGUCCUCGAGUGGCAAGAAAAGGAGGCGCAUCAAUUGCAAGGGACGGUAGCGUGA